AUGGCAGGGAUCCAUACGCUCGUCCCGGUUACGGUCAAGCAGGAUACGGUCCGGCUGGAUACGGGCCGGCAGGAUACGGUUCGGCAGGAUAUGGUCCAGCAGGAUACGGCCCGGCUCGAUACGGCCCGGCUGGAUAUGGUCCGGCUGGAUAUGGUGCGCCUGGAUAUGGCGUGGCUGGAUAUGGAGCGACUGGAUAUGGUGCGGCUGGAUACGGUGCGGCUGGAUAUGGCCGUCCAGGAUACGCUGAUCGUCGUGUACAUGGCAGCUGCCAGCAUUCAUGCUGAAGACUCCUCGUUCGGGUCAGGCCUUAGACCCGGACCGUAUCGUGGGGCCGGAUAUGCCGACUACGCCUACCCGUCGGUGCCGUUCAGCUUCGGCUACGACACGGUGGACGAGUUCGGCACCAGGCUGUUCCACAAGGAGGACGCCGACGCCAGCAACUCCAGGACCGGCUCGUACGGCUACACGGACCCCUACGGCCUCUUCCGCCGCGUCAACUACGUGGCCGACGCCAGGGGAUUCAGGGCCACCGUAGAAACUAACGAGCCCGGCACGGCGCCAGGGCAGAGUGCCGACGCAGUCUUCAACGCCAACCCUGUGGUUAGCGGGCCAGGCGUGAGGGCCCCUGGCGCCUUCCGGGCAUCGGCGUACGGCGCGGCCGCUGGUCCUGCAUACGGAUACGCCGGGAAGUACGGAUAUGGCAGGGAUCCAUACACUCGUGCCGGUUACAUUCAGGCAGGAUACGGUCCGACUGGAUACGGGCCGGCGGGAUACGGUCCGUCCGGAUAUGGCGCCGCUGGUUACGGAGUGACUGGAUAUGGCGCGGCUGGAUACGGUAGGGCUGGAUAUGGCGCGGCUGGAUACGGUACGGCCGGGUAUGGUCGUCCAGGAUACGGUCAUCAUGGCUACGGCCAUCAAGGAUACAAAGCUCGUUCCUGAAAGGGAAUCUACAAUUGAGUCGGCACCGAAUGCCCCUCAGCAAGAUGACUUAAUUCCCGUCUCUAUAU